ACAUGUAGCCACAAUUGACGUUAUUAAGCUAAGCUUUUGAUUUUAUAGCAUUAGGAAAAGGAAUAACAAGAUGACGAAUGUUUUGUUUUUCUUUUGUUUAUCAUGGAUUACAUUGGCAAAUACAGAAAAGAAUUUGACUACUAUUAAUAUUCCGUUCAACACUUCAAUUCCUAUCAUAUGUACUAGCAAUUCAGUUAUCAAAAUAUCAAACAUAUCAGUGGAGACAAAUAGCAAAUGUGCACCUAAAAAUUGUAGCCUUUCAGAACAGGAAAAUGUCAGAACACGAAGCACGUGUAAUGGACAAAGCAGUUGCAAUAUUACUUCAAACAUGCCAAAUAGCUGUCUAUUGGAACUCGGAUUUUUCAGCUUGUCAUAUUCAUGUCUAGAAGUAGCACAUAGUUGUAACUUUGAUAAUUCAUGGUGCGGAUGGAUGCGUUUUCCAAAAGGUAAAGGUAUAUACAAAUGGAAAAGAAAAAAAGGUGCAACGAAGACAAAAUUUACAGGACCAUCCAAGGACCACACUUCUGUCUCUGUAACUGGUUUCUAUGUGUACAGCAAUGCAAAGAAUGGAAAUACAAGUGAUAUUGCACAGUUAACAAGUGGUCCAAUAGUUUCAGGUCCUAAACAGUGUUUAUCCUUUUGGUAUCAUAUGUACGGGGAUGAUAUUGGUAGCUUGAGAGUAUUCCAAUUGAACAAUGUAAAAGGGAAUGAAAAGCGUAUCUUCCGUAAAAAGUCUAACCAAAGUGAUGCAUGGCAUCAAGAGAAAAUCGACUUAAAAAAAAUUGUGGGAACUUACAAAAUCAGAUUUGAAGCUAUCCAUGGAAAUGGUCCUAAAGGAGAUAUUGCUCUCGACGAUAUCAGUAUUGUAAAUAAAAUGUGUUCAGAUUUUAACAGUCAGUGCCGUUCAAGUCCUGGUGCAUGUAAAGGGACUAUCGAUCAUAUAAAAAGCUGCCAACACGUGAAUGAAACUAUUGAACUUACUGAAUGUUCAAAUAUUUAUAUGAACAUUGACAAAAGCAGUUUGAGAUUUGAACCCAAAUUCAUCCCAAUUGCAUGUUAUGCUAUUUAUCAGCAAAUAAAUGAUUCGUUAUGUACAAAUGUGUCGAGUUGGGAUCUCUGUACACUUGACAUGUCUAAAUAUAUACAGGAUCACCCAGAAUGCUUUAACCGUUACACCAUGAAGACAGAGUAUGAAUGUGAAGACCCACAAGAAACAGUUAUGAACUCAACAAAAUUCACUGAAACUACUCCUGCCUUGUUUGAUAUAACAGCACAGAUGACAACUGAACAGCUCGAGACAACUUACCUUCAUUUACAAACAACCGACAAAAGUCACAUAACCGUCGCAUUCAUACCAUUAACUUCAGAACCUUUACAUGUAACAGAAUCAUGGGCAUCAAAAUCGGAAUCACAGCAAUUAUUAGAUCGUUCCAUAGUUGCAGGUUUAGCUGUUGGAGCUGUUGUGUGUUUUGGAAUUAUAAUAGGACUGAUCAUCUUAUAUUGCAACAGAAGAUCAAAUACUUAUAAAAAAGGAAAUGAACUCAAGUAUAAAAGUGACAAUGCUUUGAAUCAAAAGAUAAAUUUACCUCCAAUGAACAGCAAUACCAUCAAUAAAGUUUUGUGUGAUGCAGACCCUGACUACCAACACUAUUAUGAGAUCAAGGAUAUAAAAAGAUCUUUUGUAAACAUGCAGACUGAAAAUGAUCUAGCUGACAAUCAAAAAUAUAAUAUUCCAGAUCAGAAUAAUAUAACCGGAAAGAGACAUGAAAUAGGUAGGCAUUUGAAUAAUUCUGACUACACUGUUACCGAAGAGAAUGACAUCGGUGAAACUGGUUUGCACUCUUUUAAUGUAUUAAAGCUACAGGGCAAACAAGACGGCAAAACAAUUGACAAGAACAACAAGACGACAACACUAUCUGGACGAGAGAACAAUUACACCAUUAUUGAUCAAAGUAGAAUUGAACAAGACCAUGAAUACGACGUUAUUAGUGCACAUAAUGAUAUAUGUCAUUCGUCUUUACCCGAAAUUUCUGAAUCAGCAACCUAUGUUGUUUUAGAUCCAAGGGAAACCGGAUUCAAUAGGUCAACUGAUCAUUUAUUUAAAGAUUGCAAAGAUGUUCCAAAUAAAUUUGAGACCAGCUCACUUGUAAAUAUAAAUGGAAACACAAUGCGUCUGAAAACUGCAACAUCAGCAUCUAACGUCGCACUGGAUCCAAAAGAAACGCGUUUCAACAGGACGAAAAGGUUAACGUUUUGAAGACAAACAGUUUUGAAAGUAAAUAAAAUAAGAAGAAAAACCACAUGCGAUUCAGUAGCAUAAAUAAAAAGGAAAUAUUUUAUUUCGAUAUAAAUAUUGGACAAUUUUAAAAAGGUACUUGCUUUUUGCUACAUGGAGAGCGAUGCAAAAUAUAAUGAUUUCUUCACUUCUUAUUCAAAAUAUGUUUGUUCAUCUACAUUUAUAUUUUAUGAGUUUACUUAGUUUAAAAAAAAAGUAAAAUAACAAAAAUACCGAACUCCGAGGAAAAUUCUAAACGGAAAGUCCUUAAGCAAAUGGCAAAUUCAAAAGCUCAAACACAUCAAACGAAUGGAUAACAACUGUCAUAUUCCUGACUUUGUACAGGCAUUUUCUUAUGUAGAAAAUGGUGGAUUAAACCUGGUUUUAUAGCUAGCUAAACCUCUUACUUGUAUGACAACUAAUCUACAGUUAAUGGUUUUAUAUUUGUACGUUCAGAACAUACUUUUUUAUAUGAUUAAUAUAGUCACCAUCGUUUUUGGUUUGCUUUGUUUGUUUAUUGUUAAAUAAAGAACGAAAGAAGAGGAUAAAGACUGCUAUAAGUCAGGAAAAAGGUUUGAAACAGCCUCUAGAAUCAUGGUGAUAUUACGGGUAUUUAAUACUAUAUCUCGCUUAUAAUAUUAAAAACAUAUUUAUCAAGUUUUAUCGGUAUAUGUGUAUGUAAUCUGAUAACGGUAAAUUUUUAAAAAGUGUAAAUUUCAAUAAGAACUAUAGGAUGUUCCAUAUUAUAAAAAGUAAAAUCACAAAAAUACUGAACUCCGAGGAAAAUUCAAAAAGGAAAGUUCCCAAUCAAACGGCAAAAUCAAAAAAACAAACACAUCAAACGAAUGGAUAACAACUGUCAUAUUCCUGACUUGGUACAGGCAUUUUCUUAUGUAGAAAAUGGUGGAUUGAUCCUGGUUUUAAAGCUAGCUAAACCUCUCACUUGUAUGACAAUCGCAUCAAAUUCCAUUAUAUUGACAACGAUGUGUGAACAAAACAAACAAAAACAAUAGGUAAAAAUGUCACAGAUAGGGGUAAAUAGUCUAAUUCGGUAGGUCACAUUCGUGAAAAGGGAACGGGAUUGUAGUUACGACAUAAGGAACAUAUCCGAUAUCAUCUGUGAAACGGAUAUUCCAUAACGGUUAACCAACUCGUGAUGGCGUCCGUAAAAUUUACAAAGUGAUGAUUUCAACUUCACCAUUUGGAACUCUUGGUUUAAAAAUGAAAAUUCACAAUUGGGAAGCUGAACUCAUCUCUUUUGUCGUAAAGUUUUGUUUUCAACCGAUCCUCAUAGUCAAUUUCUAGAUAUAAGUCAUAAUCAAAUGGCAAAAUCAAAAGUUAUAUUUCUUGGAGAAUAUUCAACAAGAAAAAUGGUUAGCACUUAAUUUUACUAGAAAUGUCAGCGCUGUAUUGCAGGCAAACAAAUGUACACGACCAUGAGGCAACAAUUGACCUAGAAUGCAGUUGAAAAAGACUUCUAUUUAUCUGACUUUAUGGGAAAGGCAUUUUUUAAUUGCUCCUUCGUAAAUGCAUAGAAGAUAUUUUCUAUACUUUCUUAGAUAUGAAUUCAAUUGAUGGAUUUCUUUUUUAAACCAAACUUGUUAUGUUUUAAUCAAAAAUAGUUCUAACCCUGUAUGAUCCAAUCAGGAGUAGCACAAGAUUUACUAAGAGUACCAAAUUUGCCGGAAAAAUUUAAACAAAUAUUUUUGCUCUUGAGUGUAUAUAAGACUCUGAGGGUAAACUGCGAAAGAUGUGAGUCAUUUCGAAUGGAUAAUAAUAAAUGGACGAGAUAAAUUUAUAAAGAUUAUAAAGAUAUAUUUUGCACAUGUCAAAUUGAAAGAGCCCCUCCCCAUGUACUUUGUUUAAACCGGAGAUGUUGUUAAUUGACUUUUGUCAGACUGCGUGUAUUUUUGCAAUCUAUCGGUAAACGGUCAGAAAGUCAAACGACAAUAAGUAAGAGAACAUAUAAGCUGCACAAUUGAUUCGGCAAAUCAUUAGUUAAUAUAUUAUUGAUUGUAUAUGGAACAGAACAGUCUAGAAUUAAUAGCUUGUUAUACAAACAAUCAUUGUACAAUGAAGGAUCUUGUUAAUUUACAUUAAUCAAUAGAUAAUCAUGCAAAAGAUAUAUUAAUUGGCACCAGGAACAUGAUAGAGUCAGCACGUUAAAAGAACGGACACUUUAAAAGCUUUUUUGUCUUUACAAUGAGUUCAUCAUUAUUUUAUUUUUGAUAAAUUUUGUUUACAAUGCUGUAAAAAAUUUUUAUGCAUUCUUAUUCACGAAAAAUACACAAAAAUUGUUUUUAAAGAAAAAUCUUUUGUUUAUCAAAUAAAAAUUAUCUCAAAACUGAA